UGAUUGCACAAUGAUCCAUAGCAUAUCUGCUCUCUAUAUAAGGGCCGCUGGCCUGUGGUGAGUACAGCAGACUUCAGCAGACCAGUUGACUUCUUCCUGCCUAUCAUUCACUGUCAGCAGACACCUACCCACAAUGCCCACCUACAUCUCAGAGCUUGAUGUGUCCCUGAAUGUAGCGGAGGAGCAAAGGCUCAAAUCAAAAGGCUUCAACAAAAUCAAUGUCAAUCUGAACGAAGGAGCAGGAGGAAACAUCAUCUUUCUUUGGUACAAACAUGGCCCAGUAUCCAUCACCAGAGUUCAAGUUACAUUCAACUUCGAAUGAGUGUUGGGUUGAAGAAUGCAGGGUAUACAAAGAUCCCUAAAGAUCUCAACACUGGAACAACAGGUGAUCCCAUCUACCUUUGGUACCUCCAAGGGACCACGGCAUAUGAUGCUCCCAUAAUGGAGAUCGAUGUCACUAAACAAGCACCCGGUGAGGCCCAGAAGUUCAGCCAAGACUGGGAGAGACUGGCCUGUGAUCUGAACCGCGGGACAGGAGGGGACCGGAUCUACGCCUUUGUGAAGAGAGAGAAGCAAACCUACAUCUGUAAUGUCACUGCCACUGAUUCCUAUGCAUCAGACAUGCAGCUCUUUAACGAUGGCUACAUCCGUGUGGAUGAAGAUGCCAACAAAGGUUCAGGAGGAGCCCCUGUCUUCAUCUGGUACCGUCAGACCGACUCCCCCAAUGAUGCAGUCAAUUAUCUGCAAAUCUCAAUCAAUGACAGCCAGUAUACUUCCCUCCUUCAGCAGAAUUUUGUGCAAGUGAGUGUCAACCUGAACGAGUCAGCCGGAGGGAACCAGGUGUACCUGUGGUACAAGAAAGAGGGAUCCACCAAUCCUGUUAAGGCCAUGACCCUGCUUCUCAACCAAGAGGCUUUUGGAGAUUAUGAGCAGGCUGGUGUCACCGUUAUCAAGAGAAAUCUCAACGAGGGCACUACAGGAGGCAUUGAGUACCUGACUGUUCAUCAGUGAAAGUCUGAGAAAGCCUUCAUCAUGGUACACGGCUGAAAUGGGAAGCUCAGCAAUGUUGUUAAAUCAUUUUGGUAAUGCCUUCUGCUUUUUGUCUCUUUUACUUUUACUCUCUGAGUUUCUAAUACUUUUAGAAAGUAUCAAUGCUAUGUACGUUAAACUCUCAAAUAAAUCAAAUUUCAAAUGGUUGUUUGUCACGAACAAUGUUAAUGAAUGAUUGAAUAUUAAGGCUCAGUAUCACUUCUUUCUGCAUAUUUACUGCUUUUCAAUAAAGACAACUCUGCAUGUGAAA